ACUAAUUUAAUAUUUCUAGAAUAUGAAAUCUGAAGAUGAAAGAAAGGACGGGGGAAAAGGUAACAUAAACCCUAGACCCUGGAGACGCCUCAGCUGAACUGAAUUGCGAUAAAGAAAGCGAAAUAUGCAUUCAUAAAAAGCUUAAUUUUCUGUAUUCUGCAAAAUUUUGUGUAGAGGAAGAGAGAGAGAGAUGGCAUACAGUAGACAAAGGGAUUUUAUGUUCUGUGAAAUGUGUGGAACAAUGCUUACUUUUGAGUCAGCUAAGUAUGCUCACUGCCCCUUAUGCAAAUUCAAGAAACGUGUCAAAGAGAUUGCUGGAAACGAGAUACGGUAUACCGUUUCUGCUGAGACUAUUAGAAGGGAAUUGGGCAUAUCUUCAUUUGAUGAUCUUGAAGAAGAGAAGGAACUAAAGCAAAUGGAUUAUAAUGCAAAAUGUAAGGCUUGUCAGCAUUUAGGCAUGUCAUACGUAGCCAGACAGAUUAGAUCUGCUGAUGAAGGGCAAACUAUCUUCUAUACAUGCCUUGUUUGUGGAAAUAAACAAACUGAGAACUCAUGAAAACACAGUUAUGUACGCAUGCUUGGUGAAUGGGAUCUGUUUUUAGUCUGUUGGUCCUCCAGAUUUUGCUAGAGCUCAUUACAAAUAUUAUUGCCUGUACCUGUAUGCUUGGAAACACAUGUAAAACUCCUACAUUGUCUUGGAGUUCGGGAAAUAGGAUCUUAGUUUUCCCAGCUCCAACCAUUGUGGCCGAUGUGAUCGUUUUAGGUUAUUUUGCAACAAGAAUAUGAGAAGUAAUUAAGAACCAAAGUGAAACGACAUGUGUAGGAUUCUUCUAUGAAUUGAUCUCGGCAAAGCUUCAAAAUGCCCACUCUA